AUGCAGACUAAAAAACAGGUGUCCAUGUCGGAGGACCUCGGAGCCUGCGCCCAGUUUGAGGCCAGUCGAAAUGCCAGGAAUAUGAUGCCAAGCGCCAGCUGUGGCAUUUUCCCAGAAUUCACCCUGAGAAAGCCCUCCUCAGAGACCGACAUCGAGAACUGGGCAUCCAAGCACUUCAACAAACACACACAGGGUCUGUUCAGAAGAAAGGUGUCCAUUGCCAACAUGCUGGCCUGGAGCAGUGAGCCUAUCAAGAAGCCCAUGAUUGUGACCUCAGACCGCACCGUGAAGAGGGAAGCAGUGGACAUCUUUAAGCUCAUCCAGACCUACAUGGGAGACCGUCGCUCUAAGGCUGAUCCCUUUUCUGUGGCUCUGGAGGUGGUGGUGCGUGGGUGGAGCAACCAGGGUCUGCGAGAUGAGCUCUACAUCCAGCUGUGUCGUCAAACCACUGAGAACUUCCGUUACGACAGCCUGGAGCGAGGCUGGGAGCUGAUGGCCAUCUGCCUGGCCUUCUUCCCCCCCACGCCACGCUUUCACACCUACCUGGAGGGCUACAUCUACCGGCACAUGGACCCUCUCAAUGACACCAAAGGUAAACUCAGUGUUCUCAGACAUUGA